GCAGGAUACACCAGUGUAUUAUGUCAGUGUAUUAUAUUCAUGUAGUGAAAAUAAUAAUGCAAAAUCUCUAAACAUUUAGUUGUUGUGCUUUGUAGAGGGAAAAUGACAGAACAGCAGGGAACCCCAGACCAGCUGCCUGCACACAAGGGCCAAGGAGGAGCCGGUGCAACAUAUAAGUUGGCGGUUUUUGAGUUUGAGAACUUUCGUGGGAAGAAGGUGGAGUUGUCGGGUGAAUGUAAAGACCUGUGGGAGAAGACACAGCAAGUUGGCUCAGUCAUCGUGGAGUCUGGACCGUGGGUUGGGUUUGAGCGUCCAGGUUUUGCAGGAGAGCAGUAUGUGUUGGAGAGAGGAGAGUAUCCUCGCUGGAGCACCUGGACCAACUGGAUCAACUGGCAGAGUACCUACAGCCUGAGCUCAUUCAGGCCCCUGAAAGUGGACAGUGCAGAUCACAUGCUGCACCUCUUUGAGAUGGCAGGCUUUGAAGGCAGAAAGAUGGAGAUAGUUGAUGAUGAUGUCCCGAGUCUGUGGGCGUAUGGUUUCCAGGACCGUGUGGCCAGUGCUAAGGUUGUCAGUGGAACGUGGGUGGGAUACAGGUAUCCAGGCUACAGAGGGAGCCAGUACGUGUUUGAGAAUGGAGACUUCAAGCACUGGAAUGAUUGGGGAGCCACUGCACCUCAAAUCCAGUCCGUCCGACGGGUGCGGGACAUGCAGUGGCAUAAGAAAGGGUGCUACAUUCCCCCUGCCCCUACGCCUCCCAACCCCAACCCUAACCCUAACCCCAAUCCCAACCCUAACCCAAACCCCAACCCCAACCCCAAUCCCGAUCCUAAACCCAAACCCAAUCCUAAUCCCAAUCCCAACCCCAAAUCACAAACACAACCCCAAUCUUAAUGCCACACCUCCCGCACCACCUACAGCAACUGGGGCAAGAUGAAGGCAGCGGGCCAGGAGCCAGUCUCA